GCCUGCCUUUGCCUUGCAGCUCGACCGGCUUUCAGACGAAGGCCAGUUCAUUGCGGUGGCCCCAGACAGCAAGCCAGUGAAGGGAGAGAAGACCUACAGCUUUCAUCAUGAGCACUCCAGGCAGGCUCUGAGGCGACUGGUUAUCGAGACAUCCGGCGGGUGCUUUCUGCAAGCCCAGAAUUCUUCAACGCGGUCCAAGGAGGUCCAACGAAGUGGGAGCAAGUCCGGCCUUCGGGUCCAGGUUGUGCCUUGCAGGUUGUGCUGUGACUUAGACGCCAGUGUAGUGUGCACGCAGCCUCAGGCAGGACGAGGGCGAAGCAAUCACGAUUUUGCUUUUUCUGCUUUUUCUGCCUUUGCCGUGCGCCGCGACCUCGCUUUCACACUGCGGCAGCACUGCAGUCGCACCUGUGCAGGCCAUUUCACAGAGGUGACCGCGAGAGAAAGCCAGUCAUGGGGUCGAUGGGACAGCUUGCAUCGUGAGCACAAUCUAGUUAGUCGCAUGCGUGUGGUGGUUGUCCUCUUGCGCCUUGUGUUAGCCAGAUGUGCCAGGCAGGCUUUGAUACGACUGGUUAUCGAGAAACUCGGCGGAUGCAUUCUGCACGCCCAGACUUGCUCAACAAUACCCAACGCUGUCCAGCAAAUGCGUGGUGCCAGCAAAUUUGGGGCACACCUCACCUGA